AUGGAUCCCUCCGAUAGGUCAGGAACGCCCUCCAACCAGGGCGAGUCGUCCAACGCUUCGCCCACAGACACAAGGCGUCCGACUCGAUACGAAUCCUACGGCGCUGGUCGCGACGAGGGUUUAUCUGAGAGCUUCCAAUCUUUCCAGUCCACUGAGACGGUCAGGCGGCGCCCUGAAGCUGGCUAUGCCCACGACCGAGCCCACUCGCGAUCGACUCAACCUGUCCGAUCUCCCAUGCUGGGACCCGACCGUGUUAAGGCUUCACGAACGCGAAAGCCCCCGAUGCCACGCCGACCGACCAAUCCUGCUGCUCCCCACCGAGGUGAAGUCUUCUCGACUGAGGACGAUCUUGAUGAGGUUGCUGCAGAUGCUGCCGAACGCCACCGGGAACAUCAUCAGCAGCAAAGCUACAGCACCCGCAGGAGGCCCCAGCUAGGCAAUACUUUAUCCAGAGUACAAUCCUCGCGUAGCGAGCCCGAAGAAAACGACGACGAGCAACCCGAGACACCUCGUGCCGACGACGAACCCGCUGAAGAGAUGUCCGAUGAUGGAAGCGAAGCGGCUCCUGAAGAAGACAUUGAGUGCGAGUCGGAUGGAGACAUCAGUGAUGCCGAGAGCUUCACACUCAAGGAUCGGCAGCAGGCUAUCAACGAAACGCAUCCCUUCGGUAUUCGACUCUGGAAGCCUGCGCUGUACAAAAAAGAUCGAUCUGUGCAAAAAACGGCAGAGGGAGAUAUUCACUCUUCUCCUGGUCUCAAGGUCAGCUCCUGGCUGGUCUUCUUCAACCUCCUCUGGACCAUCCUUUUCGGCUGGUGGAUGGCAACAUUCGCGGCCCUCGGCGCCCUUGUCUGCUUCUUCUUUGCCGCCACACCCAGCGGUAGAGAAUAUGGGCGAGUCCUAUGGGGUCUUGCUGGCUACCUGUUCUACCCCUUCGGCAAGUACGUACGCCUGGAACAGGACGACGCCUACCUGGACGAGGACCAAGGCGAAGGGCGGAGCAUCUCAGAGUACGAGCAGUGGCAGAGCGGCGACCUUGAGUAUGGACGACUGUUCUUCGGCCCGGAGCGCAAUCGAUCGAUCGUUGGACGUUCACGACGGAGUAUUGAUUCCGAGCUCAGUGAGACCGACAGCCUCCUCGGUCGGUCCCGUCGAGGCGAAAGGAGCCAAACCCCUCCCAGGCUGAAGAGGCGACUGUUCGGUCGUGGACAGUGGAACAUAGGCCGCGUUACCUUCUUCCUGUUCUUCUACUUCCUUCUGACGCCAUCUUUGAUCAUCGUGUCUCUGAUCUGUUGGUUCUUUGUCUUCACCAUCCCGAUGGGCAAGGUCACGAUGCUGCUCUUCGAUCACCUCCGACGCCACCCUCUCGCGCUGUCCUUCGACUCGGAUGUCAGCUAUGCCCGCCUUUCCAACGGACAAAACGCGUCGAUACUUCUGUGCACUUAUCGCGCUGUGGGAACCCGAUACUGGAAGUACACCGUUGAUGGCACCAACAUCUUCCUCAUCAAUCUCAUGGGCGUUGUUGUUUUUGUCAUCCUGGACUGGGCCAUCCUCGAAAACAUGCUACACAUGGAUAUCUUCAUCACCUCGCCUGCUUUCCUGUUCGUCAUGGGUCUGCUAUCCAUCAUACCUCUGGCGUACUUCAUUGGCCAAGCUGUCGCCUCCAUCUCAGCUCAGUCGUCCAUGGGUCUGGGUGCUGCAAUCAACGCCUUCUUUUCCACCAUUGUCGAGGUCUUCCUUUAUUGCGUGGCCCUGAAGCAAGGCAAAGGGCAACUUGUAGAGGGCAGCAUCGUUGGCAGCAUCUUUGCGGGCAUCCUCUUCCUUCCGGGACUUUCCAUGUGUUUUGGUGCCAUCAAGCGCAAGACUCAACGGUUUAACGCCAAGUCGGCUGGCGUCACAUCCACGAUGCUUCUGUUUGCCGUCAUUGGCGCAUUUGGACCAACUCUCUUUUACCAAAUUUAUGGUACGCACGAGCUGAAUUGUCUUGACUGCUUGGACUAUGACGGCAGUCAGGCUAUCGCCCAAGGAGACAGCCGGGACUGUCGAAGGUGCUACUUCUCGCAAGCACCAGCCCUGAACGAUCGCUUCUACCUGGAGGCGGUGCGUCCCUUUUGCUACUUCUGCGCCUGUCUGCUGUUCCUAUCCUAUAUUGUAGGUCUUUGGUUCACCCUCCGGACACAUGCCGCCAUCAUUUGGAAAGAUCAGCUGGACGAGAAGAAGCAUGAUGAACCCCCCACACAAACAUCGACACGACCUUCCGUUCCCCACUCGUUCCACGAGGCGCCUGGCAGCUCGAGCGCCGAUAUUCGAGAUUCGCACUUGUACAAACGCAUUCUCGGUCACACACAAAAGCAAGUUGGCCUGCAGCCUAGGUCAGAGGACGUCACGCGUCAGGGCUCUACAUUGACAACUGGCUCUGCGAACGGAGCUUCCGGCCUUCCGCACCAAGUCCCUCCCAAGGUUAGCGGCAGUGAUGUCCGCGCUGGCAUGCACCUCUCUGGUCUUUCAGAGAUUGACAACAACGCUCUGGCUCGUGAAGUCGCCGAAAUUGCUGCCACUGCUGCCACCCGCGCUGCCCCGUUCCCAGAGGUCGAAGAUCCGGCUGCUGCUGCCAUCAGCGGUAACGCCCACGGUGGGCAUGACGCGCCAAACUGGAGUCGUCUCAAGAGUUCGAUCGUACUCAUGGGCGCCACAGUGCUGUACGCCAUUGUCGCCGAGAUUCUGGUCGACACGGUCGACGUCGUUUUGGAAGGUUUCGCCAUUGACGAGAAGUUCCUCGGUAUUACCUUGUUUGCCCUGGUCCCCAACACCACUGAGUUCUUGAACGCCAUCUCUUUCGCCAUGAACGGAAACAUCGCCUUGUCCAUGGAAAUUGGUUCAGCGUACGCGCUUCAGGUUUGCUUGCUGCAAGUCCCCGCGCUCGUCUUCUUCUCAGCCUUCUACCCCAUGGAUCUGCCUAGCAGCGAAGACCUCGAGCGGUAUACAUUCGCGUUGCUAUUCCCCGAGUGGGAUAUGGUCCUCGUCAUUCUCUGCGUCUUCCUCCUCAGCUACAUGUACGGUGAGGGUAAGAGCAACUAUUUCAAGGGAAGCAUCCUACUGCUUUCCUACCUUGUUGUCAUCGUCGGAUACUACUUUUCCGGAUACUCCCAGGAUGCCAUGGGCCCGAACAGGUUCGACAUCAUGGGCAAUGAUGGAGCCUACAAGAGUUUCAAAACAAUCGGGCGGCGGACUGGUGGUGCGGUAUUCGAAGCAUGAAGAGUGAGGGUCGCUACUGUGUGCAUAGGGCUGGUUGAUUGAGUAAUAUGGCAUGUGUGACGGUCUAGUGUCUUGUGCUUUCGGUCAUUCAAGGGUCUUGCUAGGACCGUGUUCGCAGCCUAGGGGCUGUACAUAGCAAUGGCCUUGGGCCGCGUUGCAUGGUUGGCGAUAAUUACGGAGUUGGGGCUAUCAUUCUUUACCACCUGGGUCUGUCAAGCUGUGCUUUAUUCUUAGCAUUGAUCCUGUCUACAACUGUGUGUGUUUCCCGUACACGUGAAAUGUUGCCGUCGUGACGGCGUGUUUCGCAAACUGGGGUGCAAACAAGGAUUCGAUGGCGUGCGUCCCUUUGGCCUUGCGAUACAAGAGGUUGAUAGGGAAUACAAUGCUCA